GAGACGGCGUAGAAAGCAUCAACGCUUCUGCAUCUGAGAAAAACGUCCAGAUAAUUUUAGAAAAUAAAUUGAUAAAUAAUAAAUACACGUCGGCUUAGAAGAGGGAUAUAUUUGUGGCGAUAUCACUUUUCUUUAUGGACAUACAAUGAAAGGGAUACCUGUCUCUGUGCUGGAUUUCGAGUCUUGUUUGCUGCGUCUUUGACACAGAGCUGAGCGUGCAGAGUCUGUAUGAGUGGCUUGUCGGAGGACUUUCAGGCAAUCCGCAUCGAACUUGAGCUGGACAUCCAGGAACCAGUCAGGGAGUAAACUCACCCACCUACCCACUGAUCUCACUGGGACGCAAGACGUUUAAGCACCACUAUCACCAUGGAAGAGGAACAGUGCUACUACAAUGAAACCAUCGCUUUUUUCUACAACCGCAGUGCCAAGCCCCUGGCCACCGACUGGAAUACUGUCAGCAGGCUGGUGAUGGGUUUGGGCAUCACCGUGUGCAUCUUCAUCAUGCUCGCCAACCUUCUGGUGAUGAUCGCCAUCUAUGUCAACAGGAGAUUCCACUUCCCAAUCUACUACCUGAUGGCCAACUUGGCAGCUGCGGACUUCUUUGCUGGGUUGGCUUACUUCUACUUGAUGUUCAACACGGGCCCAAACACGAGGCGGCUGACUGUUUCAACAUGGCUGCUGCGUCAAGGCUUGAUCGAUACCAGUCUGACGGCAUCUGUGGCCAACCUGCUGGCCAUCGCCAUAGAGCGCCACAUCACCGUAUUUCGCAUGCAGCUCCAUACCCGUAUGAGCAAUCGUCGCGUGGUGGUGGUGAUCGUCAUAAUCUGGACCAUGUCCAUAGUGAUGGGAGCCAUCCCUAGCGUUGGCUGGAAUUGCAUCUGUAGCCUUGAAUCUUGCUCCAACAUGGCGCCCCUUUACAGCAACUCCUACCUGAUUUUCUGGGCAGUCUUUAACCUGGUGACCUUUGUCGUCAUGGUGACGCUCUACGCCCACAUUUUUGUCUACGUGAGGCAGAGGACCAUGAGGAUGUCGCGGCACAGUUCUGGACCGCGACGCAACCGAGACACAAUGAUGUCUCUGCUGAAGACUGUGGUGAUUGUGCUGGGUGCAUUUAUCAUCUGUUGGACUCCCGGCUUGGUCAUCCUGCUCCUCGACGUCUUCUGUGUGAAGUGCAACGUCCUCACCUAUGAAAAGUUCUUCCUGCUUCUUGCCGAGGUCAACUCAGCCAUGAAUCCCAUCAUCUACUCCUACCGUGAUAAAGAGAUGAGCGCCACCUUCAGGCAGAUCCUGUGCUGCCAGCGGCAGGAGAACAUCAACGGGACGGCGGCCGAGGGAUCCGACCGGUCUGCGUCUUCCAUCAACCACACGGUGCUGAGCGGUAACAACGUGAACCACCACCAUCACCACCACAACGAGCACUCGGUGGUAUAGGAAACAGAUGAGAGAGAGGAAAAAAAGAAGAAGGCUGGGGGUUUUGGAGAAACUUACUAAAAGAUGGUAAAAUGAGAUUUGAAACAGCACUGGGAACAUGACAAGGAUUACAGACUGUAGAGUAAAUCUGAGGAUGAAGAUGGUGAUGGAGCUGACGGGGAUCACAAUGAAGGAGGAUUUGGCGACUGCAUGCUGAAAGAUGAAGGACUUUACCUACCCACAGAAAGAAAAGGGGCCUGAUCUUCGGAGAUUCUGAAAGGCUGUUAGUGUUUUUGUUUUGCUGAUUAUUCUUUUCUUUUUGUGUUUAAUGUGUUUUUACAGAUAAAGGUGUUAUGAACUAUUUAAAGGUAAUCUGUGAAAUGAGGUAAUGCCAGUAUAACCCGUUUCUCUCUCUCUCUCUCUCUCUCUCUUGCUUUGGUCAACUUUGCUUUUUCUACUCCAUUUGAUCCUUUUUAUCUAGAUGGACAUAAAGCUUAGCAUAAUACUUAUAUUAUAUAGUCACAAACACAACUGGACUUUACCUGUUGCAUUUCCUUUACCUCUUUUUUAUGGCACGCUCUGUAUUUUGGACCUGAAGCAGGUUCUGAAGACUAAAUAUGCUUUCUUUUUUCAUUCCUAUAAAACAGGACAGUCUACAUAAUGGAUGGAGUGUGGAUUAAGGUUAGGGGCUUAUGCAACACAGUAAAAACUGAUUGACUGAAUUUUUACUGUAUUGCAUAAAACCUUAUUAAUAUCACGAACAAACAAGUCUAUACUGCUCCAAGUGAAAUCUGUUAUUGUAAUGCACUACAAAAAAGAGAGGGAGCAGUAGAAGAAGACCACGCUAGUGUGGACUCUCAUGAAUCCAGGUCAUGAUAAUCCUCAAAUGCUUGAAUCAAGGCAAGUGGACUUCCUUUUCCUGACUCUUGAAGAUAUUUAACAUCCAGAAGGGUUCUUGGGUUCAGGGGUUUUGACCUCAUGAGCUGCUGAAGUCAUACGGAAAUCGUCGACCUUCAGGUCACGACUGUGGCUAGUUAGUAUUUUUGGUCCACUGUAAAUUGUUUACUUGGUUUUGGUCACAUGAAUAAGGGGAACAUGGUUGUGAAACAACCUGGAUAGAAGAUUCAAAGCUGCCUUGUGAGGUUUUGAUUGGAAAACCUAAAGCCAUCCCAUGUUGUUUUUUGACAUAGAUUUGUUUUUAAUUCUUCUUACAGAGCACAUGCCUUCUCUCUGCAAAAUACUUACAUUUUUGUCCGUUAUCCUUGAGAUGCAGGUGAAUCUUGACCUGAUGUGCUGGCUCUCCUUUGUUGUUCCAUCUGUUUGCUUUAGUUAAAUAGCUCUUUUACUGGAGUUGAACACAUCUUCACGCUUUCAAGAACCAAGAAAAAGGAAGUCCAAUGGUCUUGAUUGAAGCCUCUGAGGAGGAAGAAGAACAUAUGAACAAAGGGAAGGGAGGGAGUCACUGAGGAGCGCUAAUUGACUCGUUGCUUUGCAGCGGCCCGUGUCGCAAUGGAGAUGCAGGGAAGGCUUGUGGUACCCGGCUUUGUCAGCCAUCUUUCUCUGUAUCCUCCAGGGCCCGCGUGCUCCUGGUGAGCUGCCUGUGAGAGCUGUGAUAAACACCUGUCAUCUCUUUUUCAGCAUUAUGAGGCACAUGGAGGGUGUGACAGAAAUAAUAAUUGAUUAGUCGACAGAUAGAUCAGCUACUAAAAUAAUCAUUAGCUGGAGCCGUAUUUUAAAGCUGAGAUAUUCACUUCCAGUUCUGGGCACAUAAUGUGUAAAAGAUUUUUUUUCUUGAACAGCUCAAGCUUUAACUGUAUUGCAGAGAUUUACGUCUGUUUUCUGUUUUUCUAGUCAUUUCUUUUUUAUGGCCCAUGUCCAAGUUUUUUUAUUUUCAAAAUCGGGGCCUCCAAAGUGAGACGUCAUUUAUUUAUCUUUACAGCGCUUCUAAAUAUGCAAAUAUCAACAUAUAUAAUUAAAUAUCAGGGAAAAAGAUCAACUCCAUACUGCAGUGAGCUUAUAGUGGAAGUUUUAUUUUUUAUGAUGAUCCUGUCUUCUUAAAAUACAUGAAGGGUCCAAGAUUCACAAACAACCUUGAGUUGUUUAUUCCCUAUUAAGGAAUUAAAGACAAGUUGUUCCAGGGAGCUCACUAGAGGAAGGAGUAGGAGUAAACGCUGCAUCUCAGUGUUGCACGGAGGCAAGUCAAAGGUCAAAAGCUACCUAGUGAGUGUUUAAAGCCUGCAGAUUACGACAUCAGCAGUGCUAUGCUAACUGCUAACUGCUAACGGCCUCUGGUUGUGCUGCUGCAGAGAGGGCUUGCUGGUGCUGUGAAGUGUCUUAUAUUCAAACAAUUACCAAAUAUAACAACAAUGACCCAUGUUAUUGUAAGUUGUGGAAGGAGAAGACGUUAAUGAAUUGCAUGUUGUUGUUUUUUAAUGACAUAGUAGCUCACCCAAUGACACAUACUUUACUUUUUCUAUUAGCCAUUCAGUGCCAAGGCUCCAGCAUGCACUGUCUUAAUCACGGUCAAUAAGUGAGUAAUUAUGCACUAUUUGAACCUUCUACGUUCUUGCAUAGAAGGAUGGGACUCUGUCCCAUCUGUCACUUUCUUUAGUUCCGCCUUCUAUAGAAUCAAGUCUCUACAUCCUGCAGCAUAUGGGGAGCACAUGUCUGCACACUUAUCUGCUCAGAACCCUCAGACUUGGUUUCUAGUCAUGGAUAAACCAACUGGAUUGAUAAAAUCUCUGAAAGUACUGUGUUCAUCUGAUUUUGGUCAUAGGAUGGAUCAUUUAAUUAAUAUAUAGAUGAACUGAAACUGCUUAUUUUUUUUCACGUAUUACUACAGAUAAUUAUAGAUUUUCAAAAAUAAUCCCCCAUAAUGAUCUAAAUAAUCACAAUAAAAUAAGCUAGCAGUUCAUGUAUUAUCAGCUAACGGCCAGUCAGCCAACUGAAUAUCCAUGUGGAGGAGUUUCAGGGUUGACUGCACUUAGGGUUGCCACCCGUCCCGUAAAAUACGGAAUUGUCCUUUAUUUGAGAAAAAAAUGUUGCGUCCCGUAUUGAACUAAUACGGGACGCGAUUUGUACCAUAUUUUCAUUAACGUUUACACCAUAUUCUAGUUGAAUUAUUGAAAUAAAUUAACCUUUACACCAUAUUCUAGUUGAAUUAUUGAAAUAAAUUAACUUUUACACCAUAUUCUAGUUGAAUUAUUGAAAUUAAUUAACUUUUACACCAUAUUCUUCACCUGUAGGCUAUAUUACAUCUGGGCUGAUAUGGACAUACACAUCAUAGGAGUCAUGCAAGUUCAAUGCUAUUAAAGCACUUUAAACUUGAAAUCAAAGCAUUUUGUUUUUUUAUAUAAAAAUGUUAUAUAAAAAUAAACACAUUUUUAUUCAGUUUAGAAGUCUGGGGGCUUUUUUCUUUUGGCUCCUGCGCUGCUGAAAUCAGGGCGUCCCUUAUUUCUAUUUCUGAAAGGUGGCAACCCUAACUGCACUUCUAAUGCACAAAUAUAACUCCGUACAGCCUGUUGAGGAGAUGCGUCCUGGCUUAGUUUAGUGUGAAUACAACCCAAAUACAUCCUGUCUGCUGUGGCUUCUCAGAUCUUGGAGAGCAGCAACAGGCAAACUUGAGUCACCAUAUGCAAACAGAGAACUGAGACCAAACACUUGCUUUCUCAGGCAUCAGAAGACAGAUUUGUCAAAUCCUCAGACCACUGUGCAAUCACGCACAACUAGGAAAGUUUUCCAGGCGACAAAAAGUGCCUUGCACUUUGAACAUUUCAAUGUUGCUUAUUUCAUUGUGUGUGUUGAUUGAUUGAUUGAUGAAACACACCAAAACAUUUUUCCAGAACCACUUGGGAAAACAGCCGUUCUUAGCUUCAUUAUUCCAUCAAUGAUAUGCAUUUCAGGGACUAAUAAGUUGAAUGUUUUGUUAUUAUUUCAAGCUGUUGGGAUCUGAUUCAACACAGGAGACAUGUUCAUGUCUAGAAACCACCUUUCCUCUGUUUUCGUUCAUCAAAACCUUUUGAGUCAAAGUUCAUAGGUCCAAGCUCUCUACUCCUAAAAAUCACUGCCAAAAAGCCUAAAGCAAGAUUUUUGUUAACCUGCGCUGUUGCAACAACAUGAAGGAUUUUAGUAUUAUUAGCUGUAGACGUGUAUUGGGUGUAGAGUUAAGUCUCCUCUCUCUUACUCUGCAUUCUGCCCUUUUCUUUUGCUACACAUGUGAGCCAAAGCACUGUGGUUAAUAGCACCUUAUUGAUAGCUGUUAACAGCUGAGAUGUGAUUGUUGUGUGUUUUUUUCUCCUCAUCUAAUUACCCCCAACUGUUUUGGUGCUUUUAAUCUCUGGCUGUGCCUUUACACUGUACAAUAAACAUGUAUAUAUAUUUCGAAGUUCUGGGGAAAUGAUCUUCAAAUUCCUUAAUUUCCUCAGGUUUCACAUGUAAACACUAUACUGACCCUGCUUCCCCGUUUUACACUCACUGUAACCAUUUCUCUGAGAAAGUAUUGAUUCAGGUUACUAUACAGUAGCAAACCUUUCUAGUGUUAUAUGUUUUUGUUUAUCAGUGUUUCAGCCUUUGUACAUUGUUCUGUGUAGAGUACGUGUAAUGUAUUCAAAGUUAAUCACCAAAGGGAACAUGUUUGUCGUCUGUGAAAUUAACCAUGUCAUACUAUCAAAUGAAGUGUAGGGUUGUGUUUGAUCAAUUUUCUUAUAUACAUUUAAAGUGUUAUUAAUUCGUUAGGGCCUUAAACCUAGAUAUCUGUGAUAGUUGUGCCUUCCAUUUCUGCUUCGUCAAGAGUAACUUGGCACCGAGCUUUAAAGGUGCCGUUCUUUCCGCCACUGUUGAGCUUUUUCCACCUCAAAAAAAACCCCUGCCAUGUUCACAAGUAGCUACACCCAACAAGGGGUGUCACAAAGAAGCAGAGAGAGAAAUGAGAUGAUCAAAAACGGGGGUCGGCAACCCGCGGCUCUUGAGCCGCAUGCGGCUCUUUAGCGCCGCCCUAGUGGCUGCUGGAGCUUUUUCAAAAAUGUUUGACCUUUUUUUCUCUUUUUUCUUUCCUUUUUUCUUCUCUUUUUUUUCUUUUUUCUUUUUUUUCUCUCUUUUUUUCUUCCCUUUUCCUUUUUUAAUCUCGACAUUUCGACUUUUUUCACGAAAUAUUUACUAUUUCUUCGACAUUUUGACUUUUUUCUCGACAUUUUGACUUUUUUCUCGAAAUUGUACUUCAACAUUAAUCUCGACAUUUCGACUUUUUUUCUCGAAAUUUAGACUUUUUUUUCAACAUUUCGACUUGCAUAAUGAAAAAUAAAUCCACCCCCAGUUCUAACUAAUAUAGAUACAUGCAGCAUGUGUUGUCUUCAUUCUAAGGCUUAUACAAGACUUUUAACUUUUUGCGGCUCCAGAUAUAUUUGUUUUUUGUGUUUUUUGUCCAAUACGGCUCUUUCAACAUUUUGGGUUGCCGACCCCUGAUCAAAAACAAGUGAUGGUGGUAAAGUUGCGUGUCGUUAAUGCAGCUAACCUAUAACUGCCUCAGUUGAAGGAAGACUGUUGGAGUUACAAUGGCAAACUAUUAUUUUCUGUAAAAAUUCACUGUCCUAUUUCCCAUGGAUCACCUACAUUAUCUUUCUGGAGAGCAGUUGUACCAAUUUAUCUUCCCAAAUGAGCCUAUCCUGGCUGCUGUUCCCUGACCGCCCCUUAUUUAGUCUCUGUGCUGCAUCCAUUGUUUGCUGUGGCCUUUAACCAGUGCUGCAUGAUGCAGUUCACUGUGUGUUCCAGUCAAGAAAUGCAAUUGUUUUUACGCCUAAAAGGCCCUGAAUAUGUUCUUUUGUACAAACAAAUGCUAAGUCUCCAUGUACCAGUAGUUUUUAGAAAGUAAUUGUGACACAAAAGUGAACGUGAUACAUUAGAGGCCAAUACAAAUAAAUGUUCAACCAGAGUCAUAGUGCUGAUAUUCCAACAACAAUAAAAUAUAAUA